AAGGGUUCUCAAGACACAAAGUUCUAUGCGAAUUGUGAAGAGGAAGUAAUUACUUCCCUUGAAGAGGAUGGGUUUGAGGAAAGGAGGACCGCCAAGCCAAGCUUCAUGAAUCCACCUCUGCUUUGGGAUUCCACUGCUCCAACAUGAUGAUUCUGCAGUAUCUCCUCCCAAGGAACUACUCCUUUCUGGAACUGCAAAGUCUAAAGGUCCAGAGCUCUGCCUACUUUUAUCUUUCUGCAUUAGCACCCAGUGCCCAAGUCUGGAAAUCCAAAAACCAUGGAUGGGCAGUAUGGAAGGGUCUCUUAGGGUUGCUGGGCGCUGCUGCAGUCAUUACCAUCAUAACUGUUCCAGUGGUUUUGCUGACCAAAAAAAAAGACGGAACUGAUCAUCGGAAAACCUAUUCCUUGAAUGAUUAUUUAAAAAACACUUAUCGGAUAAAGUCCUACCCUAUAAGGUGGAUUUCAGAUUCUGAAUAUCUUCAAAAAAUUGACAACAAUAUUUUGGUGUUUGAUGUUGAGUUGGAUGGCAAUCAUACUGUCGUGGAUAGCAACACCUUAGAUAAUCUUGGGUAUGUCAUAAGUGAUUAUUCUGUCUCUCCUGACCGGGAAUAUGUACUUUUUGAGUACAAUUAUGAUGAGACUUGGAGACAUUCAUAUACAGCUUCGUAUGACAUUUAUAAUGUAACAACAAGAAAGCUCAUUAAAGAAAAUAAAAUCCCUAAUGUCACACAGAGCAUCUCCUGGUCACCAGUUGGCCACAAACUGGCAUAUGUUUGGAAUAAUGAUGUUUAUAUAAAAACUGAACCACAUUUGUCAGCUGUGAGGAUCACUCAUAAUGGAAAACAAAAUGUUAUAUUUAAUGGAAUAACUGACUGGGUUUAUGAAGAGGAAGUCUUUAGUGCUCACUCCGCUAUGUGGUGGUCUCCAGACGGCACUUUUCUAGCAUAUGCCCAAUUUAAUGAUACAAAAGUUCCUCUCAUGGAAUACUCCUUCUAUUUUGAUGAAUCAUUCCAGUACCCGAAGACUAUUCAGCUUCCAUAUCCAAAGGCUGGAGCACCAAAUCCAACUGUAAAACUAUUUAUCGUUGAUACAAGAACCAUCAAUGAAACACAUGAAACUUCAGUACAGAUUAUAGCUCCUGAUUCUAUAUUAACAGGUGAUCACUAUUUGUGUGAUGUGACAUGGGUGAAUGGGGAAAGGAUUUCUCUUCAGUGGCUCAGAAGGAUUCAGAAUUAUUCGGUCAUGGAUUUUUGUGAUUUCCAGAAGGAUUCGGGAAAAUGGGAUUGUCCGGUGGAUCUACAAAAGAUUGAAACAAGUUCUUCUGGUUGGGUUGGAAGAUUUAGGCCUUCAGAACCUUACUUUGCAGCAGAUAAUCAUAGCUAUUACAAGAUUGUCAGCGAUGACCAUGGCUAUAAACACAUUUGUCAUUUUGAUAUUAACACGAAACAAAAAAAAUUUGUUACAGAAGGAAAAUGGGAAGUAAUUCAGAUAGAAGCUCUCACUGAUGAUUAUCUAUACUACAUCAGUAAUGAACACAAGGAUAUGCCAGGAGGAAGAAACCUUUAUAGAGUUGGUCAUAAUGGAACAAAGAAAUGCAUUACCUGUGAAUUUGAUUCAGAAAGGUGUCAGUAUGUUUCAGUAUCAUUUAGCCACAAGGCAAAGUAUUAUCAACUAAAAUGUUCAGGCCCUGGCCUUCCUCUUUACACUCUACACAGAACUAGCGAUUUUACAGUUCUUAAAGAGCAGGAAAACAACACAGAAUUGAAUAAUAUGUUGAAGGAAGUCCAGAUGCCCACAAAAGAAAUUAACUUCCUUAUGAUGAAUAAUACAAAGUUUUGGUACCAGAUGAUUUUGCCUCCACAUUUUGAUAAAUCCAAGAAAUACCCUCUCCUAAUUGAUGUAUAUGCAGGACCUUGUAGUCAAAAAGUUGAUACUACCUUCAGACUCAGCUGGUCUACUUAUUUGGCUAGCACGGAGAAUAUUAUAGUUGCUAGCUUUGAUGGCAGAGGAAGUGGCUAUCAGGGUGACAAAAUCAUGCAUGCAAUUAAUCGGAGAUUGGGAACAUUUGAAGUAGAAGAUCAAAUUGAGGCAGCCAGACAAUUUUCCAAAAUGAACUUUGUGGAUGAAAAACGAAUUGCAAUUUGGGGCUGGUCCUAUGGCGGCUAUGUCACCUCAAUGGUCUUAGGAUCUGGCAGUGGUGUCUUCAAAUGUGGAAUAGCUGUAGCACCUGUAUCAAGAUGGGAUUAUUAUGACUCAGUCUACACAGAGCGCUACAUGGGACUUCCAACCCCAGAAGACAAUCUUGAUAGCUACAGGAAUUCAACAGUCAUGAGCAGAGCUGAAAAUUUUAAACAAGUUGAGUACCUCCUUAUUCAUGGAACAGCAGAUGAUAAUGUUCAUUUUCAGCAGUCAGCCCAGAUCUCCAAAGCCCUCGUCGAGGCCGGUGUGGAUUUCCAGGCAAUGUGGUACACAGAUGAAAAUCAUAGCAUUGGGAGCAACGCAGCACACCAACAUAUAUAUACUCACAUGAGCCACUUCCUAAAACAGUGCUUUCAUCUCUCUUAGCACCCAAGUGUCUCACUCUGUAUUUCUUUUUUAGCUUAUUAAAUAGCUAUUUUUUUUCUCAUUACCCAAAACUGUACUGUGUCAGUAUAACUAUCUUGGGGAAAAUAAACUCAAAUCAAGAAAUGUAA